AUGCUCGUAGUGCAAAGAUAUUCCCACUUCGCAUUCGUCGACGAACGGGACGACACCGCAGCCACGUCGGCUCAUCGCAUGAAGGUCAAUGCACCAACGCAAACAGACAUGCGCUCCAUGGAUAUACGGCUUCAAUCCAGACUCUCACCCGGAAAACAAGUUGGAAACACCCCCGGCAUGGGACCUCUUACAUCAACAAUGUUCCAAGACAGGAGUUUUUUCGAUGUCCUCAAAUCUUCUCCGUUACCCCCACCACCACCCCACGAUCGCGACCGUUCCUCAUCUCCGGAAGUAGCACCCAUGACUUUGAAACGUUCCGGCGAUCUCACAGCUCGUAUUUCUUUGCACCCGCCACCGGAGAUAGAUAACCGAAUGGGACCUCUGACACGUGUCGCAAAGACCACCAUGCCGUCACGACCGGGCUCUAAGGCGUCAACCAAGAACAACGCAAGAGACAACGCAAGAGACAACGCAAGAGCGGCGCGAAGGGCGGAGGAGCGUAGGAACAACCCCUCAGGUCAAGCCUCAGGUCCAGCCCCUCCAGUGCCAUCUUCACAUAAUAGUGAAGAUAACACAUCGCCCUUGAAAGACGCGCCUAGUCUCCCAGGGCGUGGCGCAGAGAUCAUCGCCUUCGGUCCUUCCUAUCCAACAUCGCUAUCAUCAUCCUUCUUCCGCGAACCACGACUUUCGCUCUUGCCAGCAUCAUACACCGUUCUUCCUCAGGGCUGGUACCGUGCUAGAGAUGAAAAUGAUUCAACAUAUUUCUACACCGCCUGCGGCAAGGCGCAAUGGGCUCGACCAACCCAGCCUGCAAGUAUGGCGGUAUCGACGGGACGUAAGAGGGAAGCGCAAACUGCCGCAUCCUCGUCAAGUGACAUCGUACACCCCGGAGAGAUAGUUGUCCCGCCGGAAUCUUCGUGCAACAACCGAAGCAAGAAAGGCCUAGCAGCACCUGGCAAUGGGGAUGGAGAUGGCGACGCCGCUGAAGAGAGGGAGGGUCGUGAAGUAGGUGGAGAGAAGGAGGACGGCGAGAUAGAAGAAGAGGCAGAAGUCGAGUUGGAGAUUGAGCACAAGGGCAAGGAGAAGGACCAAGCGACAGCAGCUGCGGAUCAUGACAAAAGCGCGUACAAGGGCAAAGGCAAGGAGAAAGUGCUGGAAGAAGAACAAAACAAAUACGAAUUCGAAGAGAGCGGAGACAGUGAACGCAAACGCAUCUCGUUGGCCGAUAAUCUAAAGCGUAAGCACAUCUCGUUGGCCGAUUACCAAAAACGCAAGCAAAUUCCGAGCGUACAGGAAUCAGGGCUUCAAGAUGUUCGAGGCAUCUUUGCACAGCGCACAGUCAGAUGCUCCCGUUCGGAUACCAACGAUACCAUUUCUCAAGAAAAGAUCCAUGAUAACGUACCGUCCACGAUAAAUCGACCGUCCAUACUUGGCCGCAGGAACGCUUCUGAAUCGCCACCUCCCGCCCGCCGUGACAAACGAGUUCGUUUCGAAUCCGUUACGAAGACUGGAAGACGAAGGAGACCUUGUUACUUUUGGAAUGAGGGGAACUGCUGGAGUUUGAGCGACUGUCGCUACCCUCAUGUAUGCAGUGGCUGCGGUAGUCGCCUCCACACUCGCGCUCGGUGUGAGGGUAGCAAGGGUUAUGGGAUUGCUCAACCUACCAGUUUACGGAGCCAGCCUCGACCACCGUCUUCUCGGAAGCCGCUCACACCUUCACCACCGAGGGAAAGCUUGGGCUCUAAAAGUAGCAGGAAAGAUGUAUACGGUCGGCGGUAG